AGGUAUGCUCCAUAACUCAUUCUUGCUCUCGGUGCUCAUCGGGUGCUCCCUAGCCUCGUUCAUUGCUCCCCACUAUGUUGGAUAUGGCUACUACCAAACUGGGCCUCAAAAUCCUGAUGGGUCCGGAGUCAAUCCACCUGGAGUCAGUCCGAAUUUUGGAACUGGAACUGGAACUAUAGAUGGAAACGGAAAUGGAAACGGAAUUACCGGUACCACCGCUAGACCUAUAAGAAUUGUGCGAGUUGGUCCAAAUGGCAGGCUUAUUGUGACUAACUGCAGCGUGUGCCGGCUAUGCUGUGUUGGCCGAAACAUCUCCUACAGAAUUGAAGAUGGAACCACCGCUGUAGUCCCUCCAGCAGUCUCAGGAACAAGUCCUCCAGCUCCAGUAGAUCAAAAGCCACCACCAUGUAUCCCACCAACCACCACUACCACCACUACUACCACCACCAGACCACCAUGCCCAUACCCACCAGCAACCAAUACCCCACCAGCCCCGGAGCCAACUUUGCCUUACGAUUCCUAUGGUACCCCUCCACCUCCGCCAACUACUACCCAGGGAUACGUGCAUCUCCCUCCGACCUACGUUAUUCCGAAGAUUACAACGACUACAGAGACUACAACGACUACAAAAGCUACAAUUCCAGAUUUUUAUCUAAUUCCAGAAUAUACCACCCAACCACCAGCAACAUGGCCCCCCGUUGAGAACACUACCCCAGAACAGCCUACCGUACCAACCCCGGGACCUUCCAGAGAAUGCUGCUACAUCGAUCUCCGUACCCUCCAGGCUACCGUAUCCUGUGGAGUUGCUAUUGGAACCAAGUGCUGCCACCAAUCCUGCUCCGGGACCUCCCAGCGGCAGAUCACCCUGAACUACGAUAUCAUCGCCCGCCUCUUCCCGAACCUUCCAUCCCAAAUUCAAUGCUCCGAGGCUGUUCGUCUGGGACUAGUCCAGUCAACCGAGAUUCAGGGAGUCUGUACCAGAUAUGAGCCAUAUCCAGUGCCAACUGAAAAUCCUCCAAGCCCAACUAACUACCCACCAGAAGUCACAACUGGAUCCCCAGGUGGAGAGGUCGAAAUUCCAACCAAUGGACCAGUAGAUGCCUACGUGGUCCAGACAACUACAAGCUCCGCUCCAAUCUUAGCUUCAUUGCUCACUUUUGUUGUUGCAACAGUGCUCUGUUUGUAAUUUUUCUAACUAACUAUUUAUUUAAUUUAUUUAUUGCAAAAUUUUUUCUAUGAGAAAAAUAAUAAACGUAAAUUUUU